GAAUUUAGAGAGGCAGUGAAGAACAUUAUUCCUGGUGAGCCGUUUGCAGAGAAUUUCAGCUUUGGCUUCAUCGAUAAGAAGCAGAAAAAACUCUGGGUUCUUACUGACACCGAAUUACCUGACGCCUAUGCCGCUGCUAUAAGUGGGCAACCUCUUUGGGUGGACCCCAGCCAUGCGGUGGUGAAUGAAGAACGUGCCGGGAGUGUCAACAAGAAAGGCAACCAAACAAACAAACGUAAGUAUAAGCUUUUCAAACGAACACGUGUUUUCAAAAGUGUGACUUUUAGUAAAAUUCCUUAUUCCUUAUAGGUUCUCAUGAUGAGGCAAAUGCUGCGUCCCCCUCAUUCACGGAGAAAAUAGACGAGCAAACGAAAAGGUUGGAAGAUAAGCACGGCGAGACCGUUUUCCAGCCUUACCAGUACCGACUCUGGGCGGAGAUGCUGGUAUGA